AUGGCGGACAUGGACGAAGAUGCCGCUCGUCUACCCUCCACCGACUCAUCAACGCACAUUGAAGUCGACCUGUCAGACGAGACACAGGACUUUCGCAUGCUAAACCACAUUUCCUUCCUCACAGACCCCUCGCAAUCCAGCCUUCCCAAGCGCGGCGAGAAAGACUUCGAACCCAACCCCACCGAAUUCCAAGCCGAUGUCCUCGCCGCCUCGCGGCGGGCUAUGCACAAUGCCCUCUCAUACCCACGACUGCAUCAUCCGAAGCAUAAGAUCGUAGGAGUGUACGCGCCCGACGGACCCGCGCCCCCGUCCACAGCUACCCUCCCACCGGUUGACACGCCAACCCCCGACACGAAGACAGGGAGACCCGCCGCGACGAAGCUGGGCGUGCAUCCAGACGCGUGCGUGUACGUCUCCAACCCCAAGGGCCAGUAUUUCAAGACGAUGGGCCAGGCGGACCGGUGGAAUCGGGUGUGGCUUCUUCCCGAAGAAGCGCUGUAUCUGCUUGAACGCGGGAGUCUGGAGAUUCGGUGGCCGUUCUCGUUGACGGGGUGCGGCGACGAGGAUGACGGGGGUGAUUCUGGAAUCCCGAUGAGCUUGCAGGCGGCGUAUGCGUGCUGUAUUGGGCGAGGUGGGCUGACAAUUGAGCGGUUCACGGUCUAUACGGGUCUCAAGCGUCUGGGGUACACGCUUACGCGCGCGCCUGGGUGGUACGACGAUGCUGAGGAAGUCGCUGUCGAGGCAGAGAAGUCGGAGUCCCCCCAGCAGGGUACAGGGCUGGCGGGGGUCUUUGGCCGGUUUCUGAAGUGGCUGGAGACUCCUAGUCCUGCUUCGGGGGGGAUUCCGCUUGUCGGUCUCGGCAUGCAUCGCAGUUACAGUGAGCCUGAUCCACACAAUAAUGGUGAUGUCUAUCGUAGACUAUCUAUCAUACCCUGGUAUGAUCCCACCAUGCCUCGACCACCUGCACAGACAACUGCUCCGUUCCGGGUCGUCUUCCAUGUCUACAAGCCCUCCACGCCAUUCCGUAAGACUGCUCCUCCGGCGCCUGAUUUCCGAAUUGCGGUCGUCGACUCCCGCACGCAUUCUAUGCCCACUGUCUCUCAGCUGGGAGCUUUGCUAGAAAGCACCCCGUUGGAUCCUCCGCGAGGGGAAAAAAUGGACCGACAACUCUACAUGCGCCUGCGGCAGGGGUAUCGAAAUGUCAUCCUGGCUGUGAUCGACCAAGGCGUUGUGAGUUACCUGCGCGUUGCAGAUGCUGCGUUCGGAAAAGAAAAACUCUAUGAAGGAAGAGGCAAUCCUCAAGGAAAUAAAGGACGGUUCACGAAACCCAAACCUAAGGGGCGGUGA